GAUAGCAUCAAAGACGUUGAGCAGUUGAUUAGCAACAAGGCGUUGGAAACUGCCGAAUUCAAACCUUUAGGCAAUCCCCAAUCUGUUCUCAGCAUAUCUUCCCCAGCAUCUGUCCCUGUCUAUGUCAGAAGAGGGUCGUUGUUAUCUAUCUACGGGACUGGUGCCAAUUCGUCUGUAUCAUCUGUGAGAAGCACGCUUGAAUUCCUUUCGCCAGUCAGAAGGCUCCUUUAUGGAGGGUAUGCCUCCGCCUACCAGAAGUUAAUAUCAACCUCGCCCUUUUCUAUCUUGGUAUCUUCCAGCUCUAGGACGUUUUCAUUGCUCAAGUCCUCGGAUAACAAGUCGUUUGUGAACUUGAUAUUGGACGGCUCCAACGACUGGGCCAUCCUCAACAAAAGCGCCUUGCAGGUGUACACGGGCAAUUCGUUGAUCAUAUCAUUGCACACCUUGCCAAAGGUCAUUUCCAGAAAGCUCCUCAAAACCUUGGGGUUGAAGGGCACUCAGAACACAGGUCUUUUCAAGUGGACCCAUUCUGGCUAUACAUUAUUGAGUGGAAGAGGACAGGCAGGAUUGGUUGGUAAUGGAUCCAUCUACAAUGUCAAUCUUGCCAAGAACGAAGAGUUAUUGGUCAACAAGAAAAACUUGUUGGGAGUCACUGUCAACGGACCCUUCGAUUUGAGCAACUGCGUGCACAAAUACUCUUUUCCCGUGGCCCCUGUGACUGAGGCGCCCGUAGCCAGCAUAAGUAUCACCAAUAUCCACAAUCGACCCGUUUCCGCUCUUGCGAAGGUCAAGUUAUACGGCAGGGCCAUUGGCUCGUACUUGGCCAAAAUUGGCCAAUUUUUCCGGUUGGGAAAGGGUUACACCUACAACUUCUUGGUAGGAAACCAGGACUUCAUCAAGGUGAUAGGGCCCAGAAGCUUGUUGUUGCAAUCCAGCACAGGCCACCAGCAUGUUGGCAGGGGCAGAAGACCACCCAGAUCGGGCUCGGGAGUUCCUGCCACCACCGAGGUGGUAGUGGAUGAGGUAGAGGUGGUUCCUGAAAGAACUUCCGCAGACUACUUGAAUUACGUGACAGUACAGCCAGGAAAGGGGGUUGUAUUUGAGAGCACCCCCGACUUCAAGGAGACCGUUAAGGCGCUUGAGAAGAAGUAG